UGACUCUUCUCUUUCUCUCUCUGUAACCAAACCAGAGAUGGAGAGACGAACGAGAAGAGUAAAGUUCACAGAGCAUCACAAAGUGACACCUGUCCCUUCCAAGCCAUCUAACGGCUCUCCGAAGGUGGUUAGAAUCGCUUAUACUGAUCCCUACGCUACUGACUCCUCUAGCGACGAUGAAGACGAAAACAACAACGUUACGAGAGUGAAGCGCCACGUGGAGGAGAUUAGAUUCGUCGAAACCAAAUCGAGGAAAGCUAGAAACGAUGACGUGGCAGAGAAUACUGUAAAGUACAGAGGCGUGAGGCGGAGACGGUGGGGGAAAUUCGCGGCGGAGAUCAGAGAUCCGUCGACUCGGUCUCGGAUUUGGUUAGGGACUUUCGUCACGGCGGAGGAAGCCGCCAUGGUUUACGAUCGCGCCGCGAUUCGUCUCAGAGGUCACAACGCUCAGACGAAUAUUCUACCUCCUCCGCCGCCGCCGCCGUCUCCUCCGUCGUCGCCGAUUAUCGAUUUGGAAACGGUUUACGGAUGCGAUUCGGCGAGCCGGAGUCUCCGGUCUCCGACGUCUGUUCUCCGGUUCAACGGCAACGAGAUCGAGCCGGCGACGAGCGUGUUUCCGGAUCCGUAUUCGUUGCCGGAGUUGUGUCUCGCCGGGGAGCGUUUCUGGGAGUCGGAGACUCCUCCGGAGCCUUUGUUUUUGGAUGAAAUCGAAAUUGGUAAACCGGUGGUAAACCAGGUUGUUGUUAUACCGAAGGAAGAGAACGAACCGGAGGAUUUCUCGUUCGAUUUAAUCGAAGAUUUCGAUGCGUCUCCAUGGGUAGACGAUUUCUUCGAGAAUGAUUAAUUUUUAAAAAAAGGAUGAUGACGUGGAUGCAACUCGACCAUAAGCCAUUCAGUGACGUGGACGGUUCUGAUCGGCUGGAUUUUGUGGGUAAAUAUGAGUAGUAGGAGUAAUGGUUAAAAUGAAAAUGUCAAUGUUUAUAAAGUUUAUUAGCUAAUUUAGUAAAGUUUAUUAGCUAAUUUAGUAAUUUGAUUCCUUUUUUGUUUGUUUGAGAAUGUACCAGCAUGAGGAAGCAGCAGUAUAUACCAAAGUGUUUAUAUUGUCCAUAUUAGUAAUAUUUCUAUUAAAUGUUGUUAUGAUCUUUAAAAAAAAAAUUGAAGUCAAUACUCUA